GGUUGGUCCAACGCAGCGGACGGGCUCAAGUGAAGCAAUAGUGUUCUGUGCCGUGUUUUGUAGUGAGUCAGCACCAGGCAACCACCGUUCAUCAUCUUUAAAAGCAACCCUUGAAAAUAAAAAAAAGUAUCUCCCGCAUACCCAGAACGGAUGCACAAAAUGAUCCCACAAAUCUAGCGGCGACCACUUCGGAGGGUAGCGGUAAAAACGUGUUUCACAAAGUUCACCAACGGGUAACGUGCCGAAAACAGGAACACUAACGGAGUGAGUGACUCGAAAAGGCUACCUUUUGUUCGACGGUUGAUCAUUGGUCUGCGCCCAUCUCUCCACUCGCUUCGGGUAGGUUGCGAACAUCGACAGGACAGGACCAUGGAGAUUAUGAAAAUAUCCAUCUACAAAGUGCUGAUUUUCGUGGCACUCGCUACGGUGAUGCUCUGCUGUCAGCCGUCGGAAGCCGGACCCGCCCGUCAGCUGGCAAGCCUGGCGGCGAGGGCCUCCAAGAUUCCGCGCUCCAUCCGGGCCCCGUUCCGCAACCAGGAGAUGAUGACGGCCCGAGGCUUCGGUAAGCGCCGGGCACCGAUCGGUGUGAACUACGGCGGAGGCGGAAGCGGCCACCCGGCACACCACGGCGCCGACGAGACCGCUAGCUGGGCCGACGAGAAGCACGAGCUCGGCAAACUGAUCGACGACUUCGCCGGACUCGAUUCGAACGAUCCGCUGCAGCAGCUGAUCGUGAGCGAACAGGAGAACAGCUUCCCCCUGGAGUGGUUCGCCAACGAAAUGUCCACCAACCCGACGUUGGCCAAAUCGAUCUUGCAGCGCUUCGUCGACACCAACCGGGAUGGGUUACUGGAGGCCAGCGAGCUGCUACCACCGGGCGGUGCGAGCCCGAACGAUGUCGGCGAGUUGUUCUAAGCACACGAAGGAAGGAUUACACUUUUCCCCAAACAUUACCCACUUGCGUUCCGAACCUAUCGCCAUGCCAUGCUGUUACCCCCACCGAUACUACCACGCAAAUCACGACGAGCCCAAUUACUUAAUCCUAGCGUUACAACACUCCCAAAGAGCCCUGCAAUCUUGCAUUCGCUGCGGUCUGUUUCCGACAGCGAAUGACAGAGAAACUCUAGACGUAGUUUAUUAACCGAAAGAAUCUCCAAAUAUCAGACCCCCAACACGGAACACGCGCGACCUAAAAGUGGAGCCAAUAAAGGGCUGGGUAUUGGUUUCAAUUUCAGGUUUCAACUGUUCUUCACUUCCGGUGGCCACUUUGUGCAGGAGUGCACGGCGCAGGUAAGAUGUUUCUGCUCCGACUGGCAGGAUGUGCCACGUCGCACCCUCUCCUGCGUUAGCUAUUGUUCACGGUGCCGGGUAAUGGCCCGUGUUGUGUAGCAUAGUAGAUGUUAAGAACGGGGUGCUACAUUUAUUACCAAGCAUCGAAGCAGUGUACACAAACAGGCAACCCAGAGACGGUUCGUGUAUCAGGAUUAAUGUUAAUAUUUGAGGUAGACAAUUGGGCGAAAGAUGAGGUGGAAACAGGCUUGAUAGCGCUACACUAAAAUAACAAACAAGAUACGAUAUUUGGAACUGGUCAGAGAAAGAGAUAAUGAUACCUUAAUGAUUGUGAAAUUUACACACGACAAAGCAUUAACAGUUAUACACACUGACUAGAAAAAUCAGAGACAGGUAAAAUAGAACAAGCAAACAGAAACCGAACACAAACAUACCGAGUCCGACAGUAACAGUUGUAAAA